GCACAAAGAAAUCUGGCAAAUCAAAAACACACAAAUAUCUCACACUCACUAACUCACUCACUGACAGGGUCAGUGUUCAGUGGUCAGUGUUCUCUCUGCUCCACCGCGAUGCUGUUGGUUAUCGUUCCACUGUGGGCUCUGCUCGCCGUCACAGAGCAGUCACCUUCAGUUGAAAGCUGCAUGUGUGAGUGGACCAAUUCUGAAAGACCAUUUCCUUUCGAUCAACUCAACAUGGUGGAGGCCACAGCGUCUAAAUGCAACAGUGAGAUGCCCCUAAAGAAGAGUCAGGCGUUGGAGGCGAUGCUCUCGGGUUUGGAACGGCGUCUGCUACAGCUGCUGGAAGACGUGUCAAAGCUGGAGAAGGAGAAGGACGAAGGUCUGUAUGGAGUUCUGAGUCUACAGGUCAUAGAGAACGAGAUGAAGGACAUCAAUCAGCUGACUGACAAUCUCAACAGCACCACCCAGGGACACCGACGCCUCACUCUGGAAACCAGUCAACAGGUUAGGGAAAUGAAAGCAGUGAUGGAGCAGCUGGAAACGUACGACAAGCUGCACGUGGUGAAGACAGAAAGUUCAAACACACGUCUGCGCAGGGAUUUGGAAAACUGCAGGAAUGAAAUUCAUCCUGAAGUUCAACCCACUCAUCCGUAUCAGGGUCACUGUCCACACGGUGUGUUCACGAACAUCUCUGGCCCCAGGGUCACCACCGCAGGAGAGUAUCCUGGGAGUUACAAGUACGGAGCGUGGGGUCAGGAUCCUAAACCCGAAGUGGGGAAGGAGAGCUGGUACUGGCUGGUCAUGUUGACCUCCAGCAACGCGUUUGGUCACUAUGUCCGUCUCUACAGCAGCCUGAGCUCGCUUAUUGUUGGAGUCAGUACCCCAGGUAACGUAAUGAUUCACACCACCAAUCCAACCACCAACACCAUCCAGGGUCCAAAUGUUGUUCUGUACAACGGAGCCUUGUACUACAACUGUUAUAACAAAGGAGCCGUUUGUCGAUUCAACAUGACCAGUAAAACUAUCAGCAUCCUUCAACUGCCCCAGGGCACCAGAUUCAACUCUAAGGCCAACUUCUGCUACCUUGAUGAAUGUUACCCUUACACUGACUUGGACCUGGCAACCGACGAGUCUGGGGUCUGGGUCGUCUACACCACCACACAGGACCUGGGCAACCUGGUGCUCGCAAAACUGGACGAGGGGGAAGAGCCGACAAUUAGACAGACGUGGCACACUUCGCUCUACAAGCUGGGGGUGACCAACACCUUCAUGACCUGCGGGGUGCUCUACGCCACACGGUUCGUUGAUAAAGACAGGGAAGAGAUCUUCUAUUCCUUCGACACAGCCACGGGGAUAGAGGAGUUCAACCUGGGGAUCUUCCUCAAAAAGAUGGCCCCCAACUUGAAUUCACUCAAUUACAGCCCAGUGGACCAGAUGUUGCACGCCUACUGCAACUCCCAAAUGGUCUCCUACAAGGUGUUGUUUGAGUAAACGAACAGAAGACUUCUGGCCUUUAGGUUGUAAAAGAAAAAAAAAGUUUUCUUUCUGAUCUCCAGAAUCCUCAGUUACACAAAGUGUCCACCAGGGUAGAAAGAGACAAACAAAUUCGUCCUAAUUAAAGAGAUUUUCUUUUUUUUAAUUUUCCUUUUUAAAACAGCAGACAUUUUAAACUGAUGGAACAGAUGUCCAUGUAAAAUUUUCACUAGAAUUUGAAGACCUCAUUCAUGUACUAGGUACUACAACUACAAAGUUUUUUUUGCAACCAGUACUUCAACCUACUAAAGUUAACAUUUGCAACUUAAGGAACAUUUAUUUUUCUUUUACAGUCCAGGCUUUUCUGUAAUCCGGAUUAAACUGUUCAGACAAAAGUCUUACAGAUUACACUGUAAAACAUUUGUUUUUAUAUGACUGAACUGAUUUUUAAUUACAAACAUCAGGUCAAAGGAAUGAAAAUACUCUCAUACUUGCUGUACUUGCAUUUUCUUCUGAAUAAACUUCUGCAGAAUU